UAUUUUGUUGAUUUGGUUUGAUGCAAAAAUAAACGUUCCUCAUUUAGACGCAGCUUCAAGCUAAAUAUGGUGUAAAUUUUCAUAAAGCGCUAUUUCAACAAGUUGCUCAAUCGUUUUGUUGAUAAAUACCGUAAAACUGUUUGUGUAUAUCUUUUUAAAUAAUAACUUAAACUUGUGUUAGUUUAUAUUUCGGAAAUCAUGGGUGUCCCAAAAUUCUUCAGAUACAUCACCGAAAGGUAUCCUUGCCUAAGUGAAAUCGUAAAGGAAUACCAAAUUCCCGCUUUUGAUAAUUUAUAUUUGGAUAUGAAUGGAAUCAUUCAUAAUUGCUCGCAUCCCGAUGAUGAUGAUCCUCACUUUCGUAUUUCGGAAGAGAAAAUUUUUCAAGAUAUCUUCCAUUAUAUUGAGGUUUUGUUUAGAAUGAUUAAACCUCAAAAAUUGUUUUUUAUGGCAAUCGACGGUGUUGCUCCAAGAGCAAAAAUGAAUCAACAAAGAGCAAGGAGAUUUAGAUCUGCUAAGGAUGCUGAGAAAAUGAUUGAAAAGGCUGUUAAAAAGGGUGAAAUUUUGCCUAUGGAUGAUCGAUUUGAUUCUAAUUGUAUCACCCCUGGGACUAGUUUUAUGAUUAAAUUACAACAACAGUUAAAGUAUUUUGUUGUUGAUAAAAUUUCUAAUGACAAAUUGUGGCAAAAAUGUAAAAUUAUAUUAUCAGGGCACGAAACUCCCGGUGAAGGAGAACAUAAAAUAAUGGAUUACAUCCGAUAUAUAAGGGCCCAACCGGGUUAUGACCCAAACACAAGACAUUGUUUAUAUGGUUUAGACGCAGAUUUAAUAAUGUUAGGUUUAUGUACACACGAACCACAUUUUUCAUUAUUACGCGAAGAGGUAAAAUUUGGCAGAAAAGCCAAUCGAAAAAGGUCAGCCCCAGAAGAAAUUACAUUUUACCUAUUACACUUAUCGUUAAUGAGAGAAUACCUUGGGUUGGAAUUUAAAGAUCUCGAAACAUCGAACCAACUCGCUUUUAAAUACGACAUCGAAAAAAUCAUCGACGAUUGGGUUCUGAUGGGAUUUUUAGUCGGAAAUGAUUUUAUUCCUCAUCUCCCUUAUUUACAUAUUGGCGAAGGAGCUAUCCCGGCGCUUUAUAAAACGUAUAUGAAGGUUUUACCAACUUUUGAUGGGUAUUUAAACGAAUCGGGAACGUUGAAUUUACCACGAUUUGAAAAAUUUUUAGAAGCUUUAGCUGAAGUUGAGUUUGAGCAUUUCUCAGACCAAUGUGCUGAUUUAAAAUAUUUCGAAGCUAAAACUGGUAGAAAAUUUGGAACAAGAGGGAAAUUGGAAGAAUGGGAGGACGAUGGGGAUGUUGUGGAAUUUGAGGCGUUAGAACCAACAAAACCUAUUAAUUCGGAAUUAGCUGCGCUUAUUAAAAAUACGGAUGAUAUGUUUUCUGACCCAAAUGACUUAAACUUAGAUAAUUUAGAGAUUGACGAAAGAAGUGAUUCUUCCGACCGAGAUUUAGAAAUGAUCCAAAUGGAAUUUACUCAGCAUAAAACCGAUUACUACAGAAAUAAAUUAGAAUACCCUAAUGUUACAGCUGAAGUGUUGCAAGCUCAGGCUCAUGGUUAUGUGAGAGCCAUCCAGUGGAAUUUAAAUUAUUACUACAACGGUUGUUGUUCAUGGAGUUGGUAUUACCCCCAUCAUUAUGCUCCUUACAUAUCGGAUAUUAAAGGGUUUUCCGACUUAAAAAUAGAGUUUGAUUUGGGGAAACCUUUUAAACCUUACGAACAACUUUUAGCGGUAUUACCACCUUUAAGCAAAAAGUUGUUACCAAGUGCAUAUCAUAAAUUGAUGACGGACGAAAAUUCAAUGUUAAAAGAUUUUUAUCCGAACGAUUUCAUGACCGAUUUGAACGGAAAGAAACACGAUUGGGAAGCAGUCGUUUUAAUACCGUUCAUUAACGAAGUGUUAUUAUUAGAAGCAAUGAAACCGUGCAAUUUAGAAUUAACACCCGAAGAAAUUGAAGGAAAUAAAGAAGGACCAAUGUUGAUUUAUCAAUACAGCAAAAUGGAUCAAGGACCUUAUCCAGCUCCUGAAUACUUCCCAACGAUUCCUAAUAAUUUUACGACUUGUACAAAACUUAGUAUAGACGAUGUACGAGUCCCCAAAGACAAACUUAUUAAAGGAGCAUAUCCGGGGGUUAAACAAGAGAUUUAUUUCCCUGGUUUUCCUACUACUAAACAUUUAGAAUACACGCAUCAUGUUGCUAAUAUUAAAGUAAAAGUUCACGAACAAUCCAGUCGAAAUGAAAGUAUGAUUCUCACAUUAAAAGUAAACGAUGAUGUUCCACCAUUAGAGGAAGUUGCAAAAGAUUUACUUGGAAAAACUGUUUAUGUUGCUUGGCCACAUUUAGUGGAAGCUUUAGUUGUCUCAGUUUCAAAUAAAAAUUUCCGCUACCACCACACAAAAGAACCAGGUAAUUUUAACAUCGUUGAAAAUAAAGGAAACGUCGCUAAAGAUUGGCAAUUAGAGAGUUCAACAAUCUCAGAUCGGUAUAAAUCUCGUUUUGGAAUUGAAGUAGGUCCAGUCUCUAUCUUAGUCCAUGUAAAAGUCAUGAUUGGACGUAAAUAUAUGUUUACUCAAGCUGGACGAGUUACACUAGAAAAGCAAUGGGCUCCUAUAACUUCUCCUUAUCCAUUACAAUCAAUUGUUAAAGAAAUUUUGGUUAAUGACGAUGUUCAUUCGGCGUUUAGAGAUAUUGAAAGUCUUUUCCCUGUUGGAUCUUUAUGCUUCAUGUUGAGUCAUCCAUGUUAUGGAUCUUGUGGUACAGUGAAAGAUAGCAAAGAUUGCAUUAAGAAUGGACGAUUAAAAAUUUGCAUGAAAAGCUAUGAUGAACCUAAUUUGGAUGAUAUACAAAUAUUAGAAACGCAAAUGAGGACUAAGUAUAUGAAUUCUCAUGAUGCUUCAACUCGAAUUGCAAUUUCUAAGAUUUUAUUUUCGAGGAUAACAGGAAGUAUUUUAAUAUCUACAGUACCCAGAUUCCAAACAACUGAUGAAUCUAGUAAAGUUAAUGUUGGGCUUAACUUAAAAUUUAGCAAAAGAAACGAAGAAAUUCCUGGAUAUACAAGAAAAGAUGGAAAUUUUUGGUAUUAUUCGGAAAAAGCGGUGGAGCUUGUUAAGCAAUUCAAAGAACUUUUCCCUGAAGUUUUUUCUUACGUUAAUUUGCAUAAUGAAAAUGUUUAUUAUUUGGAGGAUAUCUAUCCGGAGGGGGAUGGAAAAGAAAAAGUCGCAGCAAUUGUAAAGUGGAUAAAGAGCCAAGAAUAUUAUUCGUUUGAACGAAGAUCUUGUGGAAGUUGUGUUUUGGAGCCUGAGGUUAUAAAAUGUUUAGAAAAAACUAUUGAUGAAUAUGUAAAGACAGCGAAACCAAAAAUUACGAAUAUGCAAGUUAAACCGCAUGUUUUAUAUAAACCCGAUUUAUUUGUUGGUAACGUUCCCCCCGAUCAAAACACCAAGUUUCAACUCUACGACCGUGUUGUAAACGUAAGAGAAAGUUACACGGUACCAUUCGGACUUGAAGGAACG